AAACCACUGCGCGAUUUGUGGGAAUUUUUUCGCCACCAAUAUUCGCCAGCACUUUAAGAAGAAGCACAAAGUGUGCAUGAACAAGGAGCUGGACCUCCUGGUCCAGGCUUCCAAUGGCCGGGUCAAUGCAGCAUACGGAGAUGUGCUGGCGUGCAGUCUCUGUGACUACGCAUCGAAGAGACUGGACAAGCACCUGCUCAGCCAGCAUGGCCAGCUCACAGACGACCAGCGCGCGGCCUUGCGUUUUGAGGCCACCAAAUCCAAGGCCAUAGACGAGCUGAGGAAGCUGAGGGCCAGCGGUCAGCUGCUGGUCAGCACCAUUGACCUGACCCCCGAGCAGCUGGCCGCGCUCGGCAACCCCCCACCCGCCUCCGAUGCCUCCUCCUCCUCCACCCCCGCUGUCGGCCCUUCCUCCUCUACCUCCACCUCUGCUCCCUCCACCCCCGCUGUCGGCCCUUCCUCCUCUACCUGCUCCUCUCCUCUACCUCCUCCUCCUACCUCUCCUCCUACCUCUCCUCUACCUCCUCCUUCUACCUCCUCCUCUGCCGCUCCUCCUCCUCGACCUCCUCCUCCCACCGGCCCCUCCACUGCCCACGCCGCCGGCCCUGCCGCGUGCCCUGCAUGCAGGGAAAAGGAUCUCAAAAUCUUCCAACUUGAGCGGCAGGUGGCGCAGCUGCGGGCUGUCGCCCUGGCCCAGGGCAGAAGCGUCCAGGCCCCAGCAGCAGCAGCAGCAGCAGCAGCAGCAGCGCAGGACCCGGGGGGCGCGGUUCAGAGAGCCAAAAAAGCUUGCCGGCCUACGAAAAAAUAUUGCAAAAAUACAAGGAGCAUUAUACUGUGGACUCUCCUACAAAGAAGGACACAGAGAACACAACCCAGAGGGUUAAUCUUGCCAGGGAUUAUCUGUGCCUGGCCGCGAAACAGCGGGUCCCCACCGGGGAUCUGGAGUUUCUAAAAGAUUUAU